GCGUUCGCGAAAUCGCUGCUUUAUCACUGCGCAUGCGCAAAACGUUCUUUCUCUUCGCCCCCUUCCAUCAUGGCGCAGGAAACUAAGACAAAUCGGAUGCGCGACAUCCGCAUCCAGAAGCUAUGUCUGAAUAUCUGUGUUGGUGAGAGUGGUGAUCGUCUCACUCGUGCUGCCAAGGUGUUGGAAUCCUUGACUGGCCAGCAGCCAGUUUUCUCCAAGGCCCGUUACACAGUGCGUUCAUUCGGUAUCCGCCGUAAUGAAAAAAUCUCUGUCCACUGCACGGUCCGAGGCCCCAAGGCCGAGGAGAUCCUAGACCGUGGUUUGAAGGUCCGUGAGUACGAACUCCCCAAGGAGGGUUUCUCCUCCAUGGGCAACUUCGGCUUCGGCAUCCAGGAGCACAUCGAUUUGGGAAUCAAGUACGACCCCAGCAUCGGUAUCUACGGUAUGGACUUCUACGUUGUCCUUGGCCGUCCUGGAUUCGGCAUCAACAAGCGCCGCCGUGCCACGAGCCACAUUGGCACCAGGCAUCUUGUCACCAGAGAGGAGGCCCUCAAGUGGUUCCAGCAGAAGUAUGAUGGUAUCCUCAUCGGUGGUAAGAAGAAGAGGUCCAAGGUUGUCCGCCGCCGCCGUUAGGUUUGUUCAGUUUCCUCGCCACUCUCCACACUGCUCCCAACGAUGUCAAUAAAACGUUCUAAAAAGGAA